AUGAUCGGGCCAUCAUCAGGGACCACCGGCGAGGUCACCGACAGCCAGUGCUGCGCCUCCUCCAAGCGGAAGAUCAUCGACGACAUAGACAUCGAUGGCUCCAAGCGAAAGAUUUUCGACGAGCUGGAAGAAGAGAUGUCUAGCCUUUGCGAUGAGGUCCGCCAGCAGACGAGUCGCAAGCACUACCUCCAAGAGCUGGAGACGCCGAUGCAGCUGGCUACGUCGAAUGAGAUCAUCGCUGACGCAACGGCCCUUUUCUCACCGAUGUCCGACGCCCAGAAGGUCAUCGAAGAGUCGCAGGUGGCGCGUCUGGAAGUGUUGCUGGUGGAUGGCACCAAUUGCACCUGGACGACCGUGUCGGAGCUGGAGCAACAGCAGAAUCUGGACGUCCUCAUGACCUCGUCUUCCUUGUCGUCGUCGUCAUUGUCCUCUUCUUCCUCCUCGUCGACCACCUCGUCCAGAUGCGUCGAGCGUCAUCACGCGGAAACCUACGCCGUCGAAGAGCUUAAUUAUCAUCCGGCAACAUCGGUGAAUUACUGGGAACCGGUUGUCGGCCCCGUAAUCUCGCUUGCCAAUCUGAACGCUCAACAAAAUAAAGAAUCAACAAGCAGUAAUCAGCAACAACAACAACAGCAGCAGCAGCAGCAGCAACAACAGCAGCAAUUCGAGGAUCAGGAGAACGGGAAUUUGUCGUGGCUGCUGGAUUUCAAACUGGACUCGUUCAUCGAAUCCGCGGACGACAGAUCCGUCAUGGGACCUACUGCGGCAACGAAGAACAAUUAUUGUGGCAACAAGAAUAAACCAAACGGAAGGUCACACGGCUCCAAUUACGUCAACGACGUCAGAAGAGGACACGGCAGUCACGAAAAUUCGUUGGCGUAUCGACAGGAGGUGAAUCAGGCGAGUUAUCCUACCAACGGGAUCGACAGCCGAAAUUUCUCAUCAGCGCGAUCCAACGGCCCGAAGAAGCCGCCCUUCACCUAUACGGAAUUGAUAGAGCACGCACUGCAGGAGAAAGGCGAGCUCACCGUCUCCGCGAUUUAUCAGUGGAUUUCCGAGCAUUUUCCCUAUUACAAGAGUAACGAUGAUCGCUGGAAGAACUCCGUUCGGCACAACCUCUCGAUAAAUCCGCACUUUAGGAAGGGAUCGAAGGCGCCUCAUGGGGCGGGACAUCUUUGGGCGAUCGCGAAUCGUAACGAUUGUAGACCCCGUCCGUUGGUCAUUAACGACCUAGCAAAUGCUACAUCGACACGACAUGCAGCACAAAAUGAUAGCGAGGAAUCUCGGAGCAACAAAAUCAUCAGCGACAUCAUGGAUGAGGUGGAAGCUGCGACGGCGAGCAUCACGCAGCCCAAUUCCGAAGAGGACACUGAUGUUAUACUGAAUUCUGUGACGCUCGAGCAUUCCGCCGAGCAAAUACUUAAUGGCGUAAAACGCGAAGUGGAGGUGCAAUACUUGGUCCCUAUGAUGAUGAGCAACAACGAUCCUGAGACAAGUCAGCAGAACCAGCAGACAACGCAACAAGCAGAGGAGCUUCAAUGCCCCUACAAGGAGAGCGACUUCCUGAACCCGGUGUCCAAGGAGGUCGUCGCCGAGGAAUGCGGUCUCGUGAGCGAGGGAUACCUGGUAACGGAUCUGAAUCCGAAUACCCUAGGAUUGAACGUGAUCGAUUCUGAGAUCUUGGAAUCAGAGAAUUUGUUUGGCGAGGAACUCAGUUUCCAGUUUUACGAAUUGACAUCGCCGUCGCAGCUGCAAUCCGCCUGACACCCGGAGGGCGGCAACAAAGUACGUUUUAUUGUGAUUGACGAACUCCAGAUACAGAACGCGCCCAACGAUCAGCCGGUCCGCGACAUUACCGAAACCGAGGGAAGAGUCUCGGAACAAGAAAACUCACAGAGAAAAUCGCCUAUCGACGGCGAUCGGGGUAACGAGGACGGCACGAUAAUAAGAAGCUGAUCUCAUUCGAAAAAUUCUUAAAAUGAUGAUGAAACAUUCGAUCGUUAUAUUCGACGCGGCUGUUAGAAUAACUAGAAGCUUAACUGAAAUCAGUCAACUGAGAUAUGCUUAUUGGAAGGAUAACGAGUCGAGUACGGCACAAAUAUGAGAUUAUGUCUCUCAAAUGCAACGUAGUUCGGCGAUUUGAUAAUUGUGGCAAUCACUGAGACUCUAGCAUGACCGCCGGAGUGAGAUCCCGAAAUAACGACGUAACUACAUCGUCCAACGUGUGCCUGGUUAAGUGUCUUAAGAGGAGCGUCAUUUAUCAACUAUGCAUUAGAAUAAUUUCUUCUAGUCUUUUGCGAAACAGUGUGUAAUGUUUUUGUAUUAGUAAAAAAAAGUAUAAUAUUUACUAUU